GACAUUGACCUGAAGGACAACAUGAACGGCACCUUCGGGCUGACCAUCCGUCCUCAGGAGGGGGGGCGGCAUCUGCUGGAAAUCAAGUACGGUGGAGAGCAUAUACAAGGAAGCCCGUUCGUCCUCCGUAUCGCGGGUGCCACAGACCCCAGUAAGGUGCGUGUGUUCGGGCCGGGGCUGAAGAACGGGCUGCUGCACACCUUCAAGGGUAACUUCAUCUGUGAGACACGCGGGGCUGGGGCAGGCCAGCUCAAGGUCAGGGUGCACGGGCCUAGGGGUGCGUUCCGAGUGGAAAUGCAGCCGUUGAGCAGCAAAGACAGGACCAUCGCCGUCAAGUACAACCCGGUGGAGCCCGGCGAUUACGACAUCGACGUGAAAUGGUCGGACGUGCACGUUCCCGGUAGCCCCUUCCGCGUGUCCAUCUUCGAGACUCAGGACGAGCUGGACGAGUUCGAGGGGCGGCAGAUCUCCCGCAUCGGCGGCUCCACCAGCCGGCACUCCCGGCACUCCGGCCCCGAGUACAACAGCUACCAAUGGCAGGAGGAGAUAUAACAUGACGUAAUAGGCUACGAUUGGUUGGAGUAUAUGACGUCACCAAUAGCAGCUACCAAUGGUAGAAGAAGAUGUGGUUAUAGGCUGUGAUUGGGUAGAAGUUGCGGCUACCAAAUGAAAUUUAAACUUGAGAUAAAGGCUCAAAUUUCUGAUGUAGCCUAUAACAUCUACCAAUUGAAGCAGAUUUCGCCAAUCGUGUUAAAGAAAAAUGGAUAUCUCAUUGCAUUCCAGGUUAAACACAUGACCUUGCUGAUGUUUUCACAGCAAAAUUAAGGUACAUAAUUUAGAAACGUUCGUUGUGUUUGUCCUAGAGGUAGAUUUCAUACCUAUUACUAUCAUCAAACCUCAAAAUUGUGAUUUUCUACCUUCAAAUUCCUGACGACUUUCAUACGCUAGCAAUAACAUCGAGCCUUUGUAUUUGCAUGUUGCCAUUGAUAACAUCUUUUAUGGUGCUCUUUUUGGAAAACCGAUUGCCAUCAUCAAUCCAUUGAACAGUGUUGGUGAAAACUUCAAAAUUUGUAACAUAUCAUAUAGUGGGGUGUUUGCAUAGCAGUAGCUACUUGUAAGAGCGAAGUAGAAGUAAAAAAAUUACAAAUUGCGGUUCGUUCCGUAAAGGUAAUUGAGAUGGUGAUAGACGAUUUAGCCGACCGCAAACUCUGAAAGAAAUGCACUAUUUUGGUAACUGGAUUUGCUGAAUCCUUCCAAUAUUUUCACACAAUGUAUGGAAAGUUAAAGAGACACUCCCGUGGUUAAAAUGUCCAAGACAACAUUCCAACAAUAUCAAUUUGCUAUUGCUGUGAACGUGAUGUUGUCCAAAUGAAACGUGCACCAAGGAUAAAAAUAGAAAUGUACUUACGUUUUUCUUAUACUGUAAAUUGUAAUAGCAAGCUUGUAUCUGAAGCAAAGCCACUUUGAUGCCUAUGCACUUAUUGCUAUGUAGAAAAUGCCGCUCUGUGCAGACUGAAAUUAUCACACACUUAUAUAACUAGAGCAAAUAGUCUAUAAUAAUACUGAAUAGAUAAAGCUAACUGACUGAACUAUGCAGAUUGUAUUAGAGACAGAAUUGACUGUCAUUUUUAACAAAAUUUGUAUAACUGUUAGAUGAAAGUUUUUUAUCUGCCUUAACUGUAUCACCGCCCAUUUCGCUCGUUAGUUUAGACGAUCUCGAUUUUCUUGAUAACUAUAAAAGCCUCAAUAUAUAUAUAUAUAGUUUGUUAUUGACUGAAACGUAACUUAUUGAUAUAAAUGCAUGAUACGUUAUUUUGAUGUUAUGUAAAUCAUCAUGAUUUUAAUGUAACCUUACAUAGCAAUUGUCAAUGACUUGCUUGUUUGGCACGAUUUUGCAUGUUUCCUCACAUUGUGUUUUUAACGAUGCAUGUUUAUUUGCUCCGAGUUCGGUUACGUAUAUCGAAGACGCAUGGUUGACGAAAGGAUGUCAUGUAUUCAGGUUUUAAGACUUUACUUGUGUUACAACACGACGCAUAUAACACCAUUUUGUGUCUUGUGUGUAUGUGUGGGUCUGAAUACAAUAAACUCGUGGUGAAUGGUGUCUUAAACAUU